UUCAAACUGUUUGGCCCACAAAGGUUGGGAGUUGACAUCAGUUCGGAAAACUGCGCCGCGCCUUGGUACUCGCCGGCGGCCGUAGCAGUGUAGCACACAGCUUCCCUCUGCGAGGGGGAGAGAGAGAGCAAGAGAGCGAUGGCACCACUAAAGUCUUUGGAGCAGCGUUACCCUAUUAUAGACUCUAACUUUCAGGGCUUCUGUGCCUCCCAUGGCAUUUUCUCAGUAGAAGACUUUCUUCUACAUGACAUGCACGCUUUAGUGGUUUCUGCAGAACAACACAAUACUUCAGCAAGAUUGAAGCAGGGCAUUAACCAGGUUCUGGCUAGUAUUGACGCACUGCAUCAACCGUGGUUAAAUGGUAUGGAAUUGUUGGAAGAUGUACUGCAGCGUAAAAACAUUCUGUCUACCGGAUGUCAGUGCAUUGAUGACUUUCUUAAUGGUGGAUUGAGAGAUGGACAUCUUAUUGAGCUAGUUGGACCAUCAUCUUCUGGUAAAACACAAGUAUGCUUUAUGAUUGCCUCAAAUGUCGCAAGAAGUUCAGGCCGAGUUGUAUUCUUGGACACUUGCAAUUCUUUUUCUCCUAAACGUGUUGCAGAGGUUGUCAGUCAGAUGUCAGAUAAUUCUACUAGUAAGGCGAAAAAAUCACUCGAACAUGUAAUGAGUAAUAUAGUCUGUUACUCGGUUUUUGACAUCUUUACAAUGUUUGAUGUGGUUCAUCACCUGAAGAGUACGAUGAGAUCUCAGUCAGGUUGCAGGGCGAGGAUGCUUAUCAUUGACUCAAUAUCUUCACUUAUUACACCAAUUCUUGGAGGGAGUGGUGCACAUGGACGUGCUUUGAUGGCUUCGGCAGGAUUCAUACUAAAGCAACUAGCGAAUGAGCAUAACCUGCCGGUUUUGGUAACCAAUCAUAUGGUGGCUGGCGAGGCGGGUCUUCUGAAGCCUGCACUUGGCGAGAGUUGGAAGAGCAUUCCACACAUUAGACUGCUGCUUUCCCGUGACUCUGCAAGACACAUUAGUAGCAUUUCAGUGCUGAAACAUCCAAAUAUGGCUACUGGAGAUAGAGUGGAGUUCCAGAUAUUAUGACAUGAUAAAUCUGUAUUUUGGAGCAUGCUGACUUUAGCCUGAAGGAAGGUGCAUUCUGAAAAUAUCUCCUGCUAUGUAAAUCUUUUUUUUUUUUUUUUGAUAAUUCAGGUUUCCCGGCUUUGCCAGACUAUAUCUUGGGCCCUAUGAAUCCGUCCUAGGUUCAUGAGGAGGUAAAUCUUGAUAGACUUUUAAGUACAGUAAAAGUAAUGAAUAGUUACAGUUUUGUACUAGCAAAUGUAUGUCUCAGUCAUGAUCAAUGAUCUCAAGGUGUAUAUUUUCACAACAGUAUGAGGUGAAGGGUUUGGGAUUCCAAUCCUAAGCUUAUUCUAGUCUUAUGGAAAUAUUGUGCUAUGCUAAA